AUGUCUCAAGAUUUCGCCGUCAUCCAAUAUCACCACAAAGCACUUCAAAUCCCACCUCAGAUAGGUAAGUACAAGAUCAUCAAAACCCUUGGUAAAGGUGGAUUUGCUGUUGUGGUCCUUGCAUACGACACGACAACAAAUCAAAAGGUUGCAUUUAAGGUUAUUGAUAGACAAGAAGUCAACGAAACAGGUACAAUCAAGUUUGUUGAGUGCGAGCUCCGUCUCUUGGCCAGACUUUCCCAUAAUAACAUUGUCAAAAUCUAUGACAUCAUAUACGAGCCUGAGAUGAUUAUGAUCGUUAUGGAAUACUUACCAAAUGGCGAUAUCCAAACCCUUGUCAAUAACAGCGUCUCAUUAAGAUAUGACGAAUACUUGAAUUAUACCGAGGACUUACUCAACGCUUUGAAUUAUCUCCAUAAAAGAGGAAUUGCCCAUAGAGAUAUUAAGCCAGAUAAUAUCUUGUUUAGCCAAGAUAUGAUGAUUAAAAUAAUUGACUUUGGAUUAUCCAAAGACAAUCAGAUCCCAGAGAACCUUCUCCUAGGAACACCAAUGUAUAUGGCUCCUGAGCUGUUUAAAUCAUUAGACAGCGAUCCAAUGAUGUCCGAUGUUUGGUCAUUAGGUGUCACACUACAUAUCUUCAUGACAGGAAGAUAUCCAUGGAGAUAUGCUAAUGAAAUGGAAUUUAUCAGAGCAGUCAAGCACAACAAUGUGAUGAUCAACAUAGAAAUUGGCGGUAUUCUUGGCAGAGUCCUCGAGCAUAUGCUUGAAGUAAAUCCGAAUGAAAGAAGUAAUUGCCAAGAUCUCUUAAAUCUCAUCAACUCUACUAGAAAGAAUGGUUUUGGUUACUCAAUGCCACAUGUUGGAAGAACAUUGAGCUCUCAGCCAAACCAGCCAAAGAACUUAAUAUCCUUGAAGACUUUGGCACUCUCAAGAAGAAUGAGAAGUUCCAACGAAACAUCGGUCAAUAAUAGAGCGAAGAUAACUAUUCCAUACAAGGUCAAAACUAGGUCAAUAAUAGAGCGAAGAUAA